AUGAGGAGCCCGCGCGAACUCGCGGACCACUCUAAAUACUGUCGUUUCCACCGACAGCCCGGUCACGACACCGAGGAGUGUCGAGAAUUAAAAAGGCAAAUUGAGGAGCUCAUCCGCCGAGGGCACCUCGGCCCAUACCUCCAGCCAGAUAAGGAGCUUUCACCACGCCCGGAGGGUCCCAUCGAGCGGCACAUAGAUGUCAUAACCGGCGGGCCCGCGUCCGGAGGGAACUCCAUGGCGGGCGGAAAAGCACACGCCAGGGCCUCCCGAGCCGAAGCUUCCAAACAUGAAAAAGGACCCGAAGUCACCUUCCAGACCGGGGGACCUGGGCUAGCCGAACAUGAUGACGCGUUGGUGAUAUCAGCUAGAAUCGCCAACGCGCAAAUAAGAAGGAUCAUGGUCGACACCGGAAGCUCGGCCGAUAUACUUUAUUGGGACGCCUUCCAAAAGCUCGGCCUGGUCAAGGAGAGCAUGAAGCCGGUAUGCUCGACGCUCACGGGGUUCACCGGUGCCUCUAUCUCGUCACUAGGGGUUAUCACCUUGCCUCUAACUUUGGGAGUUUUCCCAAAGACAAAAACAGUUAUGACCUCCUUUCUGGUGGUCGACCUCCCCACGGUAUACAACGCCAUCCUCGGACGGCCAACCCUCAACAAGAUCCGAGCCGUCAUCUCAACUUACUACCAAACCAUCAAAUUCCCGACCCGCGAUGGGGUCGGGGAAGUAGCGGGGAACUCCUGGGAGUCCAGGCGCUGCUACUUGACUGUCGUGUCGCUAAACAAGAGAGCGAGGGUCCAAUCCCCGCUGGAAGACCCCCGGGAGGGAAAAAAACCGACUCCCCGCCCCGAGCCGAAGGAAUCAACCAUCGACUUGCCGCUGAUCAAAGGCAGGCCCGACCAAACAGUCAAAAUCGGGUCGGGACUGCCCGAACAGGAGCAACGGCAGCUCGUCGGCCUCCUGCAAGCCAACACCGACAUCUUCGCUUGGACGCCGUCUGACCUAGUAGGAGUCCACCCGGAGGUCGCGCUGCACCACCUAAACAUCUCGUCCGACGCCCGUCCGGUGAAACAAAGGCCCAGGCGGCAGGACCCAGAUCGGCAACUGGCCAUCCGAGAAGAGGUAAACCGACUUCUGGCGGCCGGUUUCAUAGAAGAGGCCAGAUUGCUACCCCCUACCGAAGAUCGACCAACUAGUCGACGCCACGCCCGUCUCUCGUUUAUGGAUGCCUUCUCCGGAUACAACCAAAUCAGGAUGGCACCCGAAGACCAAGAACACACAGCCUUCCUCACCGAACAAGGGGUAUAUUUUUACAAAGUCAUGCCGUUCGGGUUGAAAAAUGCCGGGGCCACCUACCAGAGGACGGUGAACAGGAUGUUCGCCCGCCAGAUUGGACGAAACAUGGAGAUAUAUGUCGACGACAUGAUCGUGAAGAGCCGAACAGCGGAAGCUCAUUCUUCCGACCUGGCUGAAACAUUCGACACCCUGCGAAGGUUCGGCCUGCGCCUCAACCCUACCAAGUGCGCCUUUGGCGUAACCUCGGGGAAAUUCCUCGGAUUCAUCAUACACGAGAGAGGGAUUGACGCCAACCCAGAAAAGGUCCAGGCUAUCAUGGACAUGCAGCCCCCUUGGACGAUCAGAGACCUACAGCGCUUUAACGGGAGGCUAGUCUCCCUAUCACGUUUCCUUUCCCGAUCGGGAGAUCGCUGCCUCCCCUUCUUCAAGGCCCUGAAGGAUCCGAAGAACUUCCGAUGGACGACGGAAUGUGAGAGGGCCUUCGAGCAGAUGAAGCAACACCUGGCCAACCUCCCCCGACUCGCUUCAGUCUCCCCAGGGGAGAGAUUGAGUCUCUACCUCGCCGCCUCCCAGCAUGCGGUCAGUUCGGUUCUGGUCAAGGAAAACUCCGGCGACCAACUGCCGGUCUACUAUGUCAGCCACAUGCUAAGUGGGCCAGAGGGACGCUACCCGCCAAUCGAAAAGCUGGCGCUGGCGCUCGUCCUGUCAGCACGAAAGCUCCGCCCUUAUUUCCAGGCCCACCCGAUAGAGGUAAUAACUGACCGGCCGCUUCGGCUUGUUUUGUCUAAAUUCGACGUUGCAGGGCGUCUCCUCAAAUGGGCAGUGGAGCUCGGUGAGCACGACAUACAGUACGUACCUCGCACUGCCAUCAAAGCUCAGUCCGUGGCAGACUUUAUCGCGGAGCUGACCCCGAGCACAGGCGAAGAACUCGAGCCACCGCGUGACACGUGGACUCUCCACGUAGACGGGUCGGCCAACGCAAAGGGCGCCGGCGCAGGGCUGGUGCUGGUGACACCUGACGGCCGCUCGAUUGAGCGCUCCUUCCGCUUCGGGUUCAGGGCCACCAACAACGAAGCAGAAUACGAGGCUCUCCUGGCGGGGCUCCAACUGGCACUGGAAAUGCGGGUGACCGACAUACACGUCAUCACCGACUCACAACUGGUGGCUAGGCAGCUCGACGGCAGAUACGAAGCCUGGGACCCGACCAUGGCGAAAUAUCUAGCACAGUGGGGACUGGACAUACUCGGACCUCUCCCACCCGCCUCCGGGCAGCGGAAGUACAUUAUCGUAGGAGUGGACUACUUUACCAGGUGGGUCGAAGCCGAGCCCCUAGCAACCAUCACGGAGUCACAAGUGGAAAAGUUCGUGUGGAGAAACCUUGUAACUCGGUUUGGCCUGCCCCAGUCCAUCGUCACCGACAAUGGACCUCAGUUCGCCGGCAGGAGGUUCCAAGAGUUUUGCGCCAAGCACAAGAUUCAGCUGAGGUUCAGCUCGGUGGCUUACCCCCAGGCAAACGGACUAGCUGAAGUAACCAACCGGUCCAUCGUCGACGGUCUCAAGAGAAGAGUGUCCGCUGCCCGAUCGGCCUGGAUCGACGAGCUCCCGAGUGUCCUAUGGGCGCUGCGCACUACCCCCAAGACCCCAAUGGGGGAGUCUCCCUACAGCCUCACGUUCGGGACCGAGGCCGUGUUACCAUCCGAAGUAACUGUCCCGACUCCGCGAAUAGCAGGCUACAGCGAAGAGGCCUCGAGUGAAGGGCUCCGAUCCAACCUGGAUUUGCUCGAAGAAAGGUGGGCCGACGCGCACCGAAAAACCCUUUCUUACAAAAGAGCCGUAGCGAGGGUCUACAACCGGAAGGUGCGACCCCGAUCAAUAAAGCUAGAGGACCUGGUCCUGCGCAAAAUCGAGGUCAGCCACCCGACCCGAGUAAGGGGGAAACUGGCCCCAAAGUGGGAAGGACCCUAUCGAGUCAUCGGAGUGUCCCGACCAGGGACGUUCCGACUCGCAACAAUGGAUGGCGACCCCGUACCCAGGACUUGGAACAUACAGAACCUUAGGAAAUACUUCAUCUGA